ACCCACCCAUCUGUCAUUUGUGGUUUACCUGCCAAUGAACGUGUGGAAAGAAAACUUCCGAAGAGACCAAGCGCGUCUGAUGCAUCUUGUGAUUGUACCGUGGUUAAAGAAAUAUUAUCAAAAGGAUACCCUAUAAAAUAGUGGUACACACUAGAGGAAUCAUUUAAACGCAGAGUGUUGUGUUUAUUCGCAAGCAGCGUGGUGCCUUCUUGCGUAAACCUCAUGGAAAAUACACCAAACAUGCGCCGCAGCACAAGAUCGGCAGGAGCCCCAGCGGUGCAAUCCGUUGCGCCUACGAACAUGAUAAAACAAGAAGCUUUCGACGAUUAUGGUGCCCGUGGCCAGAUCAGGCAACCCAUUAUCGGAUCCUUCCAGGAACCAACUUCAUCGAACUCUAACGAUGACCCAUUAGCGGUUGAAAUGGAUAUUGGCAACACGGGCAUCACAUUUCAGGACGCAUUUUUCAAUGUGCAAGGAGAUUACAUCAAACACGAGAGCUUGGCACCGGAUGAAAUUGAUGACAGUGGCGAGCCGGUCGGUUCAAGCACCAAAAGAAGAAGAAACACCAACGAAACAGAUUCGGGCGAUGAUUCGGGACUAUCGAGAAAUGUGCAGCAAAGUGGUGUUAAGGUGGGAAGAACCCCGAGUAGUAUAUGGCAGCACUUUAAAAAGAUGCCGAACGCAGGAUUGUGUAUGUACUGCGGUGGGGUUUUUCGCUCGAAAGGCUCCAGUUCCAACUUGAAACGCCACCUGGAAAGAAAGCACCGUGAAAUGAUCGGGACGGACGCACCGCAAGGCAACCAAAACAGGGUGGAGCUCAGAACAAGCAGAAGGGAGGUGGAGGAGGAGGAGGAGGAGGAGGGAUGCGAUACAGGGCCAGAAUUGUCAGCAGUAGGAGCCGGUCCGAAUCAUAAUCCUCCGUAUGCUUCGCGAAACGGAUUCAAUUCACCGGGCACGAUGCAACCAUCUGACCGAUCGCUGGUGGUCGCAAGCAACGAAACGGCCGACGAAUGCCUGCUGCAAUUAAUUUGCCAGGAGUGUCUACCGCUCUCGCUGGUAGAGAGUGAAGCAUUUAAGCGCUAUUCUUAUGCGCUCAAUCCCAACUACACUAUACCGAGCCGUAAAGCUAUGAAGCACGCUCUGCUGAAUCAGAAGUACGUAGCGAGCCUCAAUAGGGUCAAGCGCACGAUGGCAAACGCAACGCAGGUGGCGCUAACGCUAGACGAAUGGGUCAAUUUGGAUGGUAACAGUUUUUACGCACUGACGGCACACUACAUCGAUCCCAGCUGUGCCAUGUGCUCGAGUUUGCUGGAGUGUUCGGAAUUUUCCGUAACUCAUUCGGACAGUGACGUCGCACAGUGGAUGGGUAAGGUGAUGGAGGAUUUCAACCUAACCGGCAAGGUGGCGGCGAUAGUAACGGAAAAGCGGCCAGUACUGAUGUCUGCGGUACGCAAGCUAAAUCUAAAGCAUAUGCCCUGUUUCGCGCGUACACUGAACGCAAUCAUUAUCCACUCGAUUGACGAAACGAUCGGUACCACCGUCGACGAGAUUAAGCGCAUCGUGACGUACUUCGAGAAGAGCAGUGCAGCCACUAACAAACUGACAGAGAUACAACGGGAAAUGAACCUUCCGCAGCUGAAGCUGAAGCAUGACGUACGAUCACGGUGGAACUCAACGUACGAGAUGAUGGAACGGUUUUACAUGAACAAAGUUCCGCUGCUCGCCUGUCUGGAGACACUGCGCAUAGGGUGUGCGCUGCAAGCCAACGAUUGGCUCGUCAUGGAGCAAAGCAUUAAGGUAUUGCAAAAUUUCACCUGUGCCAUCAAAAUAGUAUCGUCGGCCAAAAGUGUGCUGCUGUCGCAGAUGGGUCUGCUGGUGAAAAUUUUGAUCGAAAAAACGUCCACCCUAAUAGCGGGUGCAGAUUGGCAGCAUUCGGUGCUCCGUCUGGCACGCUCGCUGGUGACGGCGCUUUCCGAACUGUUCAAACCCAUCUCGAUCUCGACCGGUGCGUUUAUCAAUCAAUCGAUGCUGCUGGAUCCACGGAUGAAGCGGCAAAGCUUUGAAAACGAGGAACAAAAGUACCAGCAAACGUACGACGGGCUCAUUGAGCUGUUGGUACCGUUUUGCCAGCAGUCUUCUAGCAACAGCAGCAGUAGCAGCAGCAGCAGCACCACCAUCACCACCACCGCCGCACAGAACGCCGCCACCGCCAUUACCGAUCCUUACCAUCAGCAACUGUUUGGCGAUUUUGCCAGCAAGGUGUGUUCGGAGCGCGCAACAAUCAGCCCGACCGUGGUCGCGCAAACGGAACUGGACGAUUACAUUAAAGCACCGUACAUCGGGCUGACGGACGAUCCGUUGCUGUGGUGGAAGCAGCACGAGGCAAAGUUUCCGGCACUGUUUCAACUGGUCAAGAACAUACUGUGCAUACCGGCCAGCUCGGUUCCGUGCCAGCGCGUGUUCACCACCGCGGGCCACAUUUACAAUGAGAAACGGGCCAGGCUGCAUCCAACCAAUCUUCCGCAAAGAUUGUUCCUUCAGCAGAAUGGGUUUUAAGCGGGGUUUAACCAAGGGUAGCGGCAGGUUGGGUUAGCUCAUGUUGAAUCAGACAGUGACAGGCGUAAGAAUAGUUAAGAUAAUUAUUUCUUAAAACAGUUAGAUAGACAAGAGAACCCCAGCGUGGGGUUGUACAGCGAAGCAAAUCCCGUAGCAAGGAAUUUAGCAUUUUAGGGCAGUGUUUAAGCAUAAAACCUUUAUAUACUUGACUUGAAGUAUAGUAUAGUUCUAGCUAAGUUGUCGAACCGUAUAUCGCUCCUGGCUUCUGCCACACUCAACGAGCAUAGUUUCGUUAAUCAGAGGUGUAAAUAAUGUUGUGAAUAAACCGAAGGCAGCACUGAACCGCAUUACUACUUCAUUUGCUUCACACAUCCGAGACCCUCGGUGCUUGGGGUAGCACAACUGCUUUUACUGCUGCCUAGCUAAUUUCCUUUUGCGAUUAUUCUUGCGUUGUCUAAACUCCAUUAAGACUUUUAUUUUUUUAAAUAUAAUAUCAACUAGAUUUUGAGGACGGUCUAGACGAAUUGCUUGUAUUAAAUAGAAUAGCAGAAAAUAGAAUGCUGAAAGAAUAUCGUUA